AUGAAUUCAGAGGAGAGUUUAACAUGUGUGCCGGAAAUAUUCACGAAAAUAAAAGCUGAUGAUUCGGAAAGAUUCCCAUGUCCAACAUGUGGCAAGAGUUACCUGCGACGACGUCAUCUGCAGCGACACAUGAGAGACGAGUGCAUUGGAAUUCCGCCAAGGUUUCAUUGUGAAAUGUGCCCAUCAAAGUUCCGUCGAAAAUAUCAUCUUGUACGUCAUUUAAGCUCUAAACAUGGUAUAAUUACGCCACCCACACCAAUGCCAAUUAAAUCGGAAAAAGCAGUUAAGAAAGAAAUAAAUAUAACGGAAAAUAGAGAAAUAAAUAACUUGUUGUUAAAUAAUUUCGACAAGUUCUCAGUUGAAGCGCUUAUGAUGAAACAGGAUAAUUUGCCAGUCAUUUCAAGUGUUCUGGGCGGCCAAGAUCCUGUUGCCUUUCCCGAAAAUUACAAUGGUGAUAUGACAUUCGCUCAAUUAGGAUUGCAACAAACAUUCCAGAAUCUUAAGAAUCUCUUUAUUUCAUUUGCAGUUUUUGUAAUAGAAAGUUUAGUACACAAAACAAUCGAUCAAUUCACGAAACAUUUUACUGCAAAUUGAAUCCAGAUAGGAAAAUAUAUCAAUGUCGUUACUGCGAUUUUCGAUCACCACGCGGGUCAGUCGUUAAGAAGCACAUGUCGAAUGAUCAUUCAAAAGUUAUGAAGAAGAACAAAACAUUGAAUUAAAAAUAUCGGAAAAAAGCUUUUUCAUUCCAAUUAAAUAUUUACCUGAAUUAUUAUUUUUGAUUUAUUUUUCUGCUUGAAUUUUGUUUUAAUUAACUUUUGUUUUCUGAAAGAAACAAAUGCUGCACGAUUCUCAAGAAAUCCUUAAUGAAAUUAAGAGAAGACAAAUCCGUAUUAACUCACAUUCGUUCUUAUGAUUUCUCAAUUUCUUUUCUGUAUGAUUUUAUUAUAAUUUUUUUUAUAAGUUUAUAUUAUUUUUGUUUGCAAGUUUAACUAAAACAAUAAGGCAUUUAAUUGUUUUAUGUUGUUGAUAACACCACCAAUAAGAAUCCAAAGGCUAAAUUCAUUGUCAAAACAAUAGAAAAAAAAAAUACAAAACAUUUCGUUACACAACUCAUGUUGAACAAAACAGUUUCUAAUUCUCAUUUUUCCAUCUCUCUUCUGUAUUUCUUGUUUACUUUUAGAUCAUUAUAACG